AUGGGUGUUAAAGACAUUCAUAAGGAACAUUCAAGGGAGGGUGUUAAAGACAGUCACACGGAACAUUCAAAGAUGGGUGUUAAGGACAUUCACAAGGAACAUUCAAAGAACGACGUUGAAGACAUAAACAUGGAACAUUCAAAGAAGGGUGUUAAAGACAGUCACACGGAACAUUCAAAGAAGGGUGUUAAAGACAUAAACAAGCAACAUUCAAAGAAGGGAGUUAAAGACAUUCACAAGGAACAUUCAAGGGAGGGUGUUAAAGACAGUCACACGGAACAUUCAAAGAAGGGUGUUAAAGACAUUCAUAAGGAACAUUCAAAGAACGACGUUGAAGACAUAAACAUGGAUCAUUCAAAGAAGGGUGUUAAAGACAGUCACAAGGAACAUUCAAAGAAGGAUGUUAAAGACAUUCAUAAGGAACAUUCAAGGGAGGGUGUUAAAGACAGUCACACGGAACAUUCAAAGAUGGGUGUUAAGGACAUUCACAAGGAACAUUCAAAGAACGACGUUGAAGACAUUAACAUGGAACAUUCAAAGAAGGGUGUUAAAGACAAUCACACGGAACAUUCAAAGAAGGGUGUUAAAGACAUAAACAAGCAACAUUCAAAGAAGGGAGUUAAAGACAUUCACAAGGAACAUUCAAGGGAGGGUGUUAAAGACAGUCACACGGAACAUUCAAAGAAGGGUGUUAAAGACAUUCAUAAGGAACAUUCAAAGAACGACGUUGAAGACAUAAACAUGGAUCAUUCAAAGAAGGGUGUUAAAGACAGUCACACGGAACAUUCAAAGAAGGGUGUUAAAGACAUAAACAAGCAACAUUCAAAGAACGACGUUGAAGACAUAAACAUGGAACAUUCAAAGAAGGGAGUUAAAGACAUAAACAUCGAACAUUCAAAGAAGAAUGUUAAAGACAUAAACAUUGAACAUUCAAAGAAGGGUGUUAAAGACAGUCACAAUGAACAUUCAAAGAAGGAUGUUAAAGACAUUCAAACGGAACAUUCAAAGAAGGGUUUUAAAGAUGUAAACAAGCAACAUUCAAAGAAGGGAGUUAAAGACAUUCACAAGCAUUGGACCGCGGGACAAGCAAGCACCACCUCCCGUGCACUGGGCCAGGACACAACCUUGGUGUACUCCACCCCUUUCAAGAGUACCGCACCGGACCACCAUCCGACCUUGUCCUGGACAACAAACAACACGCACCUGCUGAAAGGCAAAAGAACACAGGUAAACCAAGCACACAGCGGCAGAGUAUGGAUCCUAUCAUGUGGAUGUCCAGCCAUCCUGAAUCUCUUCAUAGUGACUCUAUUUGUCGUUGGAGUCAGUCGAUGA